AUGGCAACCGCAGAAUCACCUGUGUCGGAGAGCAAAAUAAAGUGUGAUGGCACCGAGGAAACAGCCGAGAAAAUUAAGGGGGAUUUGGGGGCAAAUAUUGGGAGUUUAAUUGAAGCAAUUAAGGAAGUUCAAGGGGUCUGUAGUGAGUUCGAUAAGGAGUACUUCGGUAAAAUUCCUCGCGAACCAGAGAUAAUGAGGAAGUUGCGCGGCAAAUUAAACAAAACGGUGGAUAAAUUGGGAGAAGAACUUAAAAAGGCGAUAUCUGAAGAUGUAGCCAUUGUAUUUGUGGGACGUACAAGCAGUGGCAAAUCAUCCUUGAUAAACGCCUUAUUCAGAAACGACUUUCUUCCCGUUACAACUGUUCAGACAACAAUGUGCAAAAUUCAGGUUCGCCCUACGGCUGAUGAGUGGAGUGUUGAUCAAGUAGGUUGUGAAAAGCCACUCUUAAACCAGCCAAGAGGAAGAGAGGACGUAGUGGCCUUCUUGAAAAAGAUUUCUGAAGUGACAAACUCUGCAGAAAGGGAGGAGCUCAACAUCGACUCUCACAGUGUCAUACAAGUGAAAAGUCCUCACCCCCACUGCAUUCUACCAAAAAAUAUCGUUUUGAUAGAUACACCCGGUUCUAAAGAGAACCCCGAUGGCGACGAAGUUGUCCUCGACUCCUGCAAGGAGGCAGAUAUACUCGUUGCUGUGAUAAAUGUCGGGUCACCUUCCAUACAUGAAAUUGCAGGUCUGCUAAACAAAGUGAAUUGCCAGUUCAAAUUUGGCGUCUUCACAAAAUGGGAUAAAGUCGUACGAGAAAAAGAAGAAGGCAAGAGGCAACAAGUACGAGAAAAAGACGAAGGAGAGUUUCAGAGUUUCGUGAAUGGAAAAUGCAUGGUUUAUUUCGUUGAUGCAAAGCAUGUUACCAAAGAAAAGGUGAGGUUUGUGCAAAUCAUAUUCUCGCCAUCUGAUCAGUUACCUGAAACCUGGAAGCGAGAUAAAUCGAGGUAUUGGAGAGUCCUGUAGCGAACAGAAAGAUGCGCGCGUUUUUAAGUGACAAAAUCAUAUUGGAGCAGGAAAUGACAUACGAGAAGCGAA